AUGGCAUCUUCGACCUUCCGAGACUCGAUAAACUCCCUUGGCUGGAGCCGUCGCGAUGAGCCGGUCAACACAUCUCAGCAGAGUGGACUACUCUCCUCCAUCCAGAGCCUGAAUCCCUUCCAAGGAGGCAGUGGUUAUGUCCGCCUCCCCACCACUGAGAGUUCUGGUGCGCCUCUUCCUGCGCCUACUCGACGGGAAGAGGAGGAAGGCUGGUUUGUUCUUAGCCGAUGGGACCGGUUGUUGAUCUUUGGUGCUUGCAACCUCGCAGCGGCGGCAUGUUUUGUCAUUUGCUUCACUCUAUUCCCUGUUCUCUCACUGAAACCACGCAAAUUUGUCAUCUUAUGGUCCGUUGGAUCUUUGAUGUUCUUGGCCUCGUUCGCUGCGGUUAUGGGCCCUAUGAACUACGUCUACCAUCUCUUCUCGACCCCUCGAUUGCCGUUUACUGCGGCCUAUUUUGGCUCUAUCACGUUGACACUUGUGUUUGCCUUGAAGCUUCACAGCACAAUUCUUACCUUGUUCUCGGCCCUUGUCCAGCUCGCCUGCUUGGUCUGGUACUUGAUCAGUUAUUUCCCUAUGGGAUCUACUGGCUUACGCUUUGCCUCGACAUUUGGCGCGAGACAAGCAGCGGCUUGGAUGACCGGCUAA